GCAGCAGCAGCACGCUGUUUACUGGCUGCAGAUGGAUCAGCUGUGAGCGGUGCGGCGCAGGGCUGGUUGCCAGUCAUAAACACCAACGCAGGAAAUAAUAAUUGGAAGAAAAAAAAAAAAAAACAGCUGAGUUCGUGCCCAAGGUUGUCAAUUAGGAACAAGGGGGCAGGAUCAUCCUGGCGCAGGUACCACUGGUUCAGCCCCAAGACCAACAUCAUGGCCGGCGGUGAAGGAUCCGACAAAUCGGAUGGCAGUGCCAGUCAGUCUUCCUCUCGUCAGGAUCAUCCCAAAGAACACAUGAAGCUCAAGAAGGAGAUCUCGCUUCUCAACGGGGUCAGUUUGAUCGUGGGAAACAUGAUCGGCUCUGGCAUCUUCGUCUCUCCCAAGGGCGUGCUCAUCUACAGCGCCUCCUAUGGGCUGUCUCUAGUCAUCUGGGCCAUUGGCGGCCUGUUCUCGGUUGUUGGGGCCCUCUGCUAUGCUGAGCUAGGCACCACAAUCACCAAAUCAGGGGCUUCUUAUGCAUACAUCCUGGAGUCAUUUGGUGGCUUCAUUGCAUUCAUUCGCCUGUGGACGUCACUGUUGAUCAUUGAACCCACCAGCCAAGCCGUCAUAGCCAUUACAUUCGCAAACUACCUGGUACAACCACUGUUCCCAACUUGUGAGCCCCCAUACACAGCAUCCCGCCUCGUCGCUGCUGCAUGCAUAUGUUUACUGACAUUCAUAAACUCUGCUUAUGUAAAGUGGGGCACCCGUGUACAGGACAUCUUUACCUAUGCAAAGGUGGCGGCACUCAUUGUCAUUAUCAUUACUGGUUUUGUCAAGCUGGGCCAGGGCUACACAAACAACUUCAAGUCAUCCUUCCAGGGCUCGUCCACAGACCCCGGUGAUGUUGCUCUGGCCUUGUACUCGGCACUCUUCUCAUAUUCCGGUUGGGACACGCUCAACUUUGUAACAGAAGAGAUCAAAAACCCAGAGAGGAACCUACCACUGUCCAUUGCCAUCUCCAUGCCCAUUGUCACCAUCAUCUACAUUCUCACCAACGUGGCCUACUACGCUGUUCUGGAUGGCAGUGCCAUACUGGCCAGCGAUGCUGUGGCGGUGACAUUUGCAGAUCACACGCUGGGCGUCAUGAACUGGAUAAUCCCCAUUGCUGUAGCGCUGUCCUGUUAUGGAGGCCUAAAUGCUUCCAUUAUAGCCGCUUCAAGGUUAUUCUUUGUAGGGUCCCGGGAGGGUCACCUUCCAGAUGCUCUGUCCAUGAUCCAUAUUCAAAGAUUCACUCCAAUCCCUGCGCUGAUUUUCAAUUGUAUCAUGUCGCUGAUCUACCUCACAGUGGAAGACGUCUUCCAACUCAUCAACUACUACAGCUUCAGCUACUGGUUCUUCAUGGGUCUGUCUGUCGCCGGGCAGAUCUACCUUCGCUGGAAGCAGCCUGACAGACCCAGACCUCUCAAGCUCACACUGUUUUACCCCGUGGUGUUCUGCCUGUGUGCUGUCUUCCUGGUGGCAGUUCCUCUGUACAGCGACACCCUGAACUCCCUGAUCGGGAUCGCAAUCGCCCUAUCUGGUGUUCCCGUCUACUUCCUGGGCGUCUAUCUGCCAGAGUCCAAAAGACCUCCGAUUAUCAUCAAGCUGCUGCGUUCUCUGACUUUCUUCACCCAGUACACCUGCUUCUGCGUCCUGACAGAGACGGACAAAAGAGAGUAGCCCGUUUCCUCCAGACAGGAAACUCUGCUGGGAAACAAGCAGCUCUCAUCUUUUGUAUUGUUCACCAUGCUGCUGCCACGCAUACAUAAAUGCAAUUUAUGUAUGGAGAAAUAUACAGCUUAAUGACCCGUUAUGACUUACUACAGUCACACUGGUGGCUGAAUAUACAUUUUCUAGGAACAUAGUGCCAUUUUUAAGCACACCAAAAAAACUUGAAAAACUUAAAACACUACUCUGGUUAUGUUUUUGAUGAGGAACUGACCUGAUAUAUAGCUAAAAAAGAGACAAAUAUGUAUUAAAUAUAAAGAACUGCUGAAAACUGUCACAGUACCUUGGAAUAGUUCACACUUUUCACAAACUAUUUGAUAAGUCGUAUUAGCUGUUAUUUCUCCCAAAAUUCAAAUUAAAUGUUUGUGGUUGUAAAGUGGUAUGUGAAAAAACAGUAUAGGCAAUUUCUACUAUAGCGAGUGGGAAAGAAAUUAGGGAAAAUUGUCCAAAAGGUAAAAUCAUACAGGUACUCUUCUAUUGUUUAGCGUAUUGCUGCUUCCCAUUGAGAGAAGCCUCUUCCUUUUAUAUUGAAUGGCUGGUUUCACUAUUCCUGCCUUUAAUUAUGUAGUAUUUGCACUUUAUUCUGAAAUAAACUGUUUCAAAAAUCUUUUACCAAAGCCCUUUUUUCUUCAUGUAGAGAAGAAAAAACAGACUCAUUUAUUUUCAAAGCUUUCUUUGUUUACACAUCUACAUAUUUACAGAAACUUUAAAUUUCAACAAGCAUUCCAAAAACGUUCCAAACUCCAAACUGAUUUUUUUUUUAUCCAAACCACAAACUCGCACAUCCACAACAGAAAGUUACGCACCAGCCUUUCACAUUAUGCAGAAAGCAACCCCCCCACCCCAAAAAAAACAAACUA